AUGCAUACUCCACAUUAUGGGUUGAUUCAUCUUGAUCUGCUCAAGAUUUUUCCCCCGUAUGAUUAUGAUUAUAAGCUUCUAGCAAUGAGGACGAAGCACGAUCCAAGCAUAACAGGAGAUGGUAUGAAGGGGUUAAGUUUGAGGUAUGGUGUUGAAGGCGGAGAUAUGGAUUUAGAGACUGAACUUGAAGAAGGAGAGGCCUGUUUUCAGAACAAUAACGAUGAUGAUUCAACAAUUGACCCUGACGUUGCUCUUUCUUAUCUUGAUGAGAAACUUCAAGAUGUGUUGGGACAUUUUCAGAAGGAUUUUGAAGGUGGAGUUUCAGCUGAAAAUUUGGGGGCAAAGUUUGGGGGAUACGGUUCAUUUUUGCCCACUUAUCAACGUUCUCCUGCUUGCCCUCAUCCAAAGACGCCACCAAAAAUUCCCACCAAUAAUCAAUCCAUAUCUCCAAAUGAUCUCCAUGUAGAGGGUGGUCGUCAGAGCUCUGUAUCCACAUCAAAUGCAUCUCAAUCAACAAAGCAUGGUCCAGUUUUGACUGGUGGUGCAUCUGCACCACCACCAAGGAGUCACUUGAUGAAUGGUAAAGUGAAACAAGAAGGGCACCCCUUAUUUAAUAAGGCUGGUGACAAAUUCACUUCUAAUGGACAAUCUGUUAACAACUUUGCUAACAUUUCUGACCAAAAGUCGCUCAAGGUUAGAAUCAAAGUUGGCUCUGAUAACUUGUCGACUCAAAAAAAUGCUGAAAUCUACAGUGGACUUGGCCUUGAUGUCUCCCCUUCAUCAUCAUUGGAAGCUAGUCCUGUAGACAGUGAUGAUUUUUGUCACUUGCCUAAUGGCAGCCCUCAUGAGGAAUCGCCUACUAGUAUUCUUGAGAUGAUGACAUCAUUUCCGGUUCUUGGAGGUCUACUGUUAUCUCCUCUUCCGUAUGAACUCUUGUAUUUGAAUGAAAAAGAAAAACGGGAGGAUAGUAGUUGUGGUUCUGUGCAUAAGAAAAGCCAAGAAAGUACUUUGGCAGUUAAUAGGCCUGAUAUCAAAGUUGACCGAAACGACAAGAAGCCAAAGACCGAGGGUAAUUUGGUCCCACCUGAACUGAAAAACGUCAACAUUGUUUGUGAUAGCAUUGGUGGUGUAACAAAAAAGGAAGCUGACAUGGAUAAUUUGUCUUGUGAAGAACCUCUCUCUAAUGGUAUGAGGGUGGAUUUCAGAAAAGUUGCUGCCUUUAAGGGUGGAUCAUCUGGCGUUAUACCAAAAGAAGAAUCUUUAUAUCCAGGGUUGACACCAAAUGAUAUUCGGGCUGAGAAGCCUUAUAAAAAAGAUUCAAACUCUGAUGAAAAGUAUCCAACUUUCCCUACAAAAUCCGAUUCAGACGUUUCCAAGAAUGGAAAAGUCCAGCCCCCAAAGCAGAAGGCUGCUCACAAAGCUACAUCACGAGAAAAAGAUUCCACAAAAUUGGCCACGUCAUCUUCCGGGGGAAAAAAGAAAUCAAAAGGAAGUUUGGAAAAUGGUUUUGAAAGUGUCGAGGUCUUGAAAGUCAAGAAUGACCCUUCCAAAAGUAAAAACAACGCCCACGGGUCGAAAACGGAUGAUCCGAGGGGCAAUAAUGUCAAAGUGAGAGAUACUACAUACAAAGAUUUCUUUGGAGACCUUGAUCCGGAACUUGAAGAGGGUGAUGACAUGGCUUUAGAGGAAAAGCCUUUUGGGGAUAGGCAAAAGGACAAUAGAGUAACCGAAAAGGGUACUCUAGAGACUAAUAUUUUGUCAAAAGAUAGACUAUCACUAAAUGGAAAGAAAGAUCAGAAACCCUCUUCGGUAGUGUAUCCGGGAGUGGCCCCACUUAUAGCCCCGAUAACGGGACCCACACCUGUUUCUGAUGCAGCUUCUGGAACAGUGGCUGCUGUUGUCAAUGAAGAUUGGGUUUGUUGUGAUAAAUGUGAGAAAUGGAGGCUUCUUCCACCUGGUGUCAAUCCUUCUAGUCUUCCUGAAAAGUGGCUCUGUAGCAUGCUCGAAUGGCUGCCUGGAAUGAACCGCUGCAGCAUCAGUCAGGAAGAGACAACAAAGGCCAUUAUGGCCCAUUUUCCAGGCCCAGCCCCUACAGCCCAAGGGUUACAGCCGGUGCAUCCUGGUGGGCCCAUGUCACUUGAUCCCCCUCCACAUCCUGAUCAAAGACACCAUCUUUUUGGUCCACAAGCUGCUGUAAAGAAAAAACAUGGAACAAAAGAUGUCCCAAAUGAACCGAAACAAGAGAGACCAUCGUUGUCUUCUAACUCUGCAAAAAAGAAUUUACAAACAUCCAAUAAAACUAGAAGCUUGAAUGAAAAGCACAGAUUGAAGCAUAAAGAAAAGAAGAAGCUGCGUGAGAACUUUGUGGAUGAAGGUAAUAAUAAUAAUAAUCAUAAUCAUAACAAUAAUCCUCUUCAAUUGAAGAUUAAGAACAAAAGAGAGACUAGUCAAGAUUGUUCUAGAGAUUCAAAGAAAGUGAAAACGGAUGAUAAUCAUGGGACCGAUAAAGAUUGGGCUUCUGACCAUAAGAAAUAUGAUGAUCGCCUUAAAGAUUCAAAAUCUGCCUCAAAAGUUUUGGGUAUGCAUCCCAAAAACCCAAAUGGACCCCCCCAUGUUGUGCACAAAAGGAAAUCUAAUGAAUUUGAGGAAGAAACGAGUGAAAAUGGGCAUAGGAAGGGUAAAAGGGUAAAAGUACCUGAACCCCGUGAGGAAGAAAUGUUUGCAAGCAAAGGUGAGGGAAGAAUUAGAGUGAUAGAUUCUUCUAAAAGAGAUCAUGUGCAUGCUUCACUGGCUGCUACUUCAAGCUCUUCAAAAGUAUCCGGUUCUCAUAAAACUAAAACCAAUAUCCAGGAAGCAAAAGGGUCACCAGUGGAAUCCGUUUCUUCAUCUCCUUUGAGAAUCUUGAAUCCUGAUAAGCUUAUUAUAUCUUCUAGAAGGAACAUUGAAGGUGUUGAUAAUUGUCAAGAUGCUGUUGUUAGUCCUAAAAAAGACUGGGAGGAAGAUAGAGGAAGUUUCCGAUCAAACACAACAUUCAAGAAGGAUUUAGAUGUAACAGAAUCUUUAGAUAAGGGUUUAGGUAAGGUGGAAAUUGCCCCUUCACUUGAAUUUGAAACAUUUCGUGUUGGUACCUCAGGGGCAAAACCGUCCGCUCAAGGCCAUAACGAUGACAGAUCUCAUUCCAACGGGUCCCGUUCAAGGAAAAACGGGAAAGGAUCCUCCUCAAGAUCUAAAGACAAAAACCGGAGUUCCAAAUCUGAUAUUGACAAAAUUAACCUUAAGAUAUCAGAUGUCCCUAUUUAUGAAGAAAAGUCAAAGGCAGGGCGACACAAGUCUCAAGAGAAGCCAUCUGUAUAUCCUGAUAAGUUUGAAAAAGGGUCAGCUUCAAAAAAAGAUUCUUCAAAACCAUUGAGUGAGAACACUAGUAAACGGGAUCCCCAACCAAAGCAUGGACACAAUGACGAUUCUGCCCCUGUCCCGGUUCAUGACGUGAAGCAAAAUAACGUGUCAAUGGAGCGUGAUGUUGAAAGGAUUUCAAAGAAGGAUGUUUCCGGAAGAGGAAAGUCACACUCUUUACCACCUACAGGAAAAGGUCAAAAUGACGCGUCACGCCCUCCACAACCUUGCGUGGUUUCUCAAAAAGAAAACGGUUUACUGGUUGAUGCUGCUGAAGGGAGUGAUGUAUUGAAAGGAGCAAAGCAGAAAAAGAAAGUUGAAAACCAGUCCACAAGUGUAAGACAUCCAACCCCCCCGAAUAGGCAUAAUAAGGGAAGGGGAGAUCAUGAUGCACCGAGUCCACUCAGACGGGAAUCAUCGAGUCAGGCUGCAAGUGCUGUUAAAGAGGCAAAAGCUCUUAAGCACAUGGCUGAUCGCCUUAAGAAUUCUGGAUCCAACCAUGAGAGUAAUUCACUUUAUUUCCAAGCUGCCCUUAAGUUUCUUUAUGGGUCCUCUUUAUUGGAAUCCAGCCAUAACGAGACUGGGAAACAUGGUGAUAUGAUUCAGUCAAUGGUCAUGUAUGGUAGCACUGCAAAACUUUGCGAGUAUGUUGCACAUGAAUACGAGAAAUCAAAAGAAAUGGCUGCUGCAGCUCUGGCCUACAAAUUGGCUGAGGUGGCAUAUUUAAAGGUGGUCUAUUCAUCACAUACAAACGCAUGCAAAGAUCGCCAAGAAUUGCAAUCGUCUCUCCAAAUAGGUCCUACUGGUGAGUCCCCUUCUUCCUCAGCUUCUGAUAUCGAUAACUUGAAUAACAACAACCCAGCAGCUGUUGACAAAGCUGCCAUAGCCAAGGGUGUUAGUGAUCCUCAAAUUGCUGGAAAUCAUAUAAUUGCUGCUCGAAAUAAGCCCAACUUUGUGCGGAUUCUUAACUUUGCACAGGAUGUCAACUUUGCAAUGGAAGCUUCUAGAAGAUCUCAGAUUGCAUAUGCAGCAUGUGGUUCACAACCAGAACAUGCCCACCAUAAAGAAAUAAUCAAACCAGCUCUGGAUUUCAACUUUCAGGAUGUUGAAGGAUUGUUACAACUUGUAAGGGUUGCAAUGGAAUUUGCUGAAGUCCAAGGGGUUGACAUCAAGUUUCUGUCUUUCCAGUUGACCGUUUUGUACAUAAUGGUGUCGUGGAGUUAGUUUACAUUGAGAAAUGACCGAAAUCGUUGAGUAAAUACUUAAUGUAGCAUCGAAGAUGGUUUAAGAAGUUUGAUUUGAUUCACUUUGUUAAGCAUAUAAAGACAUUUAGGUUGCGGUUGUUUGCGAUAGAUUUUUUUUUUUGGAUAAUUUGUGACAAAAUCACGUAAUCUUUUUCGGUUCGAAUUAUUGUUAGAGAAGGAACUGAGAGUAUUUGUUGGUAUGUACUAACGAACUCAUGGAUUGUAUAAUGAGAAUCCUAGCAACGAUCGUGGAUUUAGGCAAGUUACGGUUGUGGCAAAUUGUUUAUAAGUGGGUAUUAGCCUUUUCUUUUUUCAUAUACCAUAUGAUUCGCCCGAUAUAAUAAAAAUCC